AAAAUAUGAGCGAUACGCACUUUCCUCUACUCCGUCUGUAGCAGUACUAGUUUCUGUGGUCAAAUUCGUUAUUAACUCAUUUCAGCAUUUUCUGCCAAAAGCGUAAACUUUAGUUGUUUAACGAUCACCUUGUUAAGCUCAUUCUAUUGACUUGGGCUUGAAACAUGUCUGGAGACGUAAAUAUGCAUGCCGAAAAGAGUAAGAAUGACGAUAAAAGGGAAGAGGACGGACCAUCCGUAAACCUGCAUGCGCGCCCACCUCCGGUAUAUGGGGGAUGCGAAGGACCGGACGCGAUGUACGUCAAGUUGAUCAGCAGCGACGGGCACGAGUUCAUCAUUAAACGAGAACACGCCUUGACCAGCGGUACGAUCAAAGCUAUGCUCAGCGGUCCUGGCCAGUUUGCGGAGAACGAAACCAACGAGGUCAACUUCCGGGGGAUUCUGUCACACGUUUUGCAGAAAGUAUGCAUGUACUUUACUUAUAAGGUACGGUACACGAAUAGCAGCACGGAAAUUCCGGAAUUCCCGAUUGCACCUGAAAUAGCAUUGGAACUGCUAAUGGCCGGUAACUUCUUGGACUGCUAAAAGGGAGAGACAUCUCGAGAUUUGGCAGCGUUAAAUUCGAUUUCAUCACGAUUGUGGGUGAACCGACCUACAUUGGGAUGUGGUGCUUCGAGAUUGGCCAACCAUUUGGAAAAAAUGUCGGAUCCCAACGUUGGGAUUCCCCUCGAUGUGAGAACAAUUUUAGUUUGCUGUUAUGCCGCCAUUGGACAUUCAAGUGGACACGAAAUAGAUAGUUUACAAUUCAUUCGUUUCGAACAGGCACUACAAUUAAUUAAAACGGAUUUCUCUAUCUAAAGCUCCUGUAUACGGACAAAACAAGAUUGAACGCUAAUUGUAACUUUUGACAACUAAUAUUAUACUUUUGAUAUUGAUUACUCCCAUUAUUGAACCGGACAAGACCCCAUUUGUCGAAGCAGAGAGCGAGAAUCAUUAUGGGGACGUAAAGCAAUAGGUUCGGCAAAGACAAGACAAAAGAUUCAAGGAAAGUGACUAUUCUUGCCCUUGUCAAAUAAUUCAUGAGUAAGAAAAUAACUGAAUUGUUUCAACCGGAGGCAUACUUUGCAAGUUUUUCAUUUUCAUUUCGUAAUUUGCUCACCUGGAGCACGAUAUUUCAAGACUAUGACCGUGUAUACGUUUAAACGACUCUAGAGUAUUUUAUAAGAAAAGUACAGUGCUAGUUGUCAAAUAGUUCUUCCCAAUAGUAACGAAAUAAAGAAAAUUGUAUCGAUUCUUAAUAAAUUUAUUAAUCUCUAAAACGGAUCAGUUGUGCGAAUUUUCAAUUACUAACUCUUUGUGUAUAAUAUUCGACUUGAACGUUAGAUAGAGUGCGUUAUUAUGUAUUCAAUGUACCGAAUAGCUUUGUAACUAAUAUCAAAUAUCGUUAUCAUUUGUAAGCCCUGUAAUUACAAUUGCUAAUCUUGACGCAGAGAACGCGGUCAGGAAGGAUUCGCAAAAAAAUGAAACACGUCGGAGAACGUAAUAAAAUGUCGGAAUUAACUUCGAUAAGAAAAUGACGUCGGUAUCACUAGAUACUAGUAACGAAAGGAAUAUUGGAUUUCGUAGUCGCACGAAUAUGGCAUAAUACAGUGACUCGGUAAAAAGGCGCGUUCGUUUUUAAUCUCAACAACAGUACUAUUGCUAUUUGUUAAAAAGCACAUUAACUGUUAAAAUUGUGUAUAGGCUUUGCUAGGUUUACGAUGAAAGUGUAUUCUGCGAUCAAGUUUGAAUGUGAUUUAAUAAUGUAUUGCAAAAUAUAUUCAACCUUACGUAGCUGGUUAAA